AUGCCCAGCGUGCUCUAUCAUGUCCGGUCGUUUGGGUUGCUGAUGAACGGGUCCACUAUGUUCGAGACGUAUGCAAUCCUUGGCAACGAUUGCCUGGUGGAUAUUUUGAGGUCGCUUCACGCUCGGAGCUAUGGGAUUCUCGGUCUAGCUCUUUGUAUUCAAGGGCCUUCAAUUCCCAUCAAUCUCCUUGAUUUGGCGACCAACUUCCGCUCCGCUUUCCAAAACCUCCUUCACUCUCCAUUCUUAACGACACUUUGCCUUCAAAACAUAUUUGGCGUACCGGAUACGCUGAUACGCUGGACGUCGCUCAAGCACCUCCAUUUCCAUUUCGUCGAACUCGUCAGAUACCGCGUGGAUUACGACCCCCUCUGGAUCCUGCCUCCCAAUGCGCAGAUCGAAUCCUUGGAUAUCGAUUUCACCUUUCCAUUUCCACCCCGAGAAGUGCUUGAAACUGGCGGCAUAGUUCAAGACGACAUGGAGGCGGUCUCUCACUUUUGCAACUCCUUCUCUGGUGUCACAGAUCUGAAAUAUUCCAUCUACCAUUCGAGUGACUUCAGGCUAUUUUGUGAUGUAGUUUUGGGCCUCUCUUCCUCUCUCACCACGAUCGAGUUAGAGCUCUCUGAUACCGGACGUGUGCUCAAUAGGCACAUUCCCUGGCCGUUGCCCUUCCAUCGCCUUCCUCUUUUGCGCUCGCUGACGAUCCGCCUGCGCAGUCUCAUCAGCAUUGAAACAUGUGGUCUCCUGCGACACCUUUCCACGAUACUCAAAGAUUGUAGUAUCCCCCCUUCUCUCCAGACGAUAGAUUUUGCCCUCGAGCUUCGUUCACAGGCGCAAUGGCUCAAGCUAUGCGAUUUCUUUCCUCAGCCGUCACUAUGGGCCGUGCUAGACAAUAUUCUUGCCACACAUCCUCAAUUUGCGGCAAUCCAGAGCGUUUAUUUUAACCUUCAAUAUAGAACCUUAAAUGAGGAGCCUUGGGCUUUCGAUGAGGGAGUCUUCGUCGCUAGAUGUGCUACGCUUGUGAAGGAGCUCUUCCCGUUGCUCGCGGACUCGAAGACUAAACUUGGAGCGAUAGUCUCAGUACUUUCCUUACCGAGAGAUAUUUAG